UUACACACGAUGUUUUCAACUUUGUCUCACAUUGUUUCCUCUCUCAGUUGGCUUCCAUCUGCAACUUUCAUGUUUGCUUGUGCUCCUCAAUAUUUUCUAUUGUCGUUGGCGUGGCGUGUCAUCUCUCUGCCUCUACCAACGCGAACAUACGAGCGAGGCGAUGAGAUGCUCUACACGCUCUACCAAUCGAUGGUCAUAUUCUUCUUUGAGAACAUGUCUUCAGUUGAGUUUGUGUUUUAUGGCGACGAGUUGCCAGAGAAAGGAGAGAAUGUCAUUUAUAUGGCAAAUCAUCAAUGCACUGUUGACUGGCUUAUUGUCGACAGUUUGGCUAUUCGUCAAGGCUGCAUUGGUAUUAUUCGUUACAUUCUCAAGGAUUCUCUGAAGUUUAUACCUCUUUAUGGGUUUUACUUUGAGCAACAUGGCUGCAUCUAUGUCAAACGCAGGGCAACUAAAGAUCAAGUCAAUAUGAUUAGGUCAUUAGACAAGAUUCGAAACAAUAAAACUCCAGUAUGGAUGACGGUCUUUCCUGAAGGAACACGUUAUGACAUCACUAAACCCCAACUGCUAGAGAAGAGACAGCAGUAUGCUAGAGAUCAAGGACUUCCUGUUUUGUGUCAGUUGUUGACACCAAAGACGAAAGCUAUGCAGGCUUGUUUCAAAAGUUUAGCUGGUCACUAUAACGCUGUAUACGACGUGACUAUUGCGUAUUCAUCAAAGAAAGGCACAUGGAAGAGGGAAGCUGCACCCAGUAUGACUGAGUUUCUGGCUGGAAGAUGUAAGACUGUUCACAUUCACGUGAAGAGAUUUGGCUGUGAUGAAAUACCAAACGAUGCAUUGGAACAAGACCAGUGGGUGCAUGAAAGAUUUCGUGAAAACGACAAGCUGUUGUCCGAAUUCUAUUCACCGGGUCAAAUUCAAGCUUUUGGUGAUGGACGUCACCGUCCUGUUCCCAGCAGCCUCACUUGGUCAUCUUUCCUUUUCUUUGCUCUUUCCUUUAUUCCACUGCUAGGAACUGGGCCUGGACGUAUGGUCUAUGUUGGCACUACUGUUCUGGGAGGAAUAGGGUCUUGCCUUUUUAUGAUGCUGCGUUAAUUUUUUGUAUUGGAAUUUGAACUGUGUAGUACAUGAUGAUGCAAACAUGCAAGUUUUCUACGGAAACACUUUAAA